AUGUCGACCACGUCGUCAUCAUCCUCAUCGCUAUCCUCAUCUUCGAUAUGUCCCCAAGGGCAGAUCGGACAUACGUGGGUUCAGCUCCCGCACACGAACACUUGCACGGGGAUCGCCCUGUGCCGCCGAGACAUCUCGGGCAAGGAGUGCACCAACUGCCUCUAUAAAGCGAGAGACGAGCUCACAAAAAACUGCAAAACCCGGGUUGCGAUUGUGUGGCACGACCAUUGUUACUUGAAGUACGCGGACUACUAUUUCCUUGGGGCGGCCUACACUUAUAACUACUAUUACACGUUAAACAAGAACAACGUGAACGUCGACCCAAUAGGUUUUUAUGCGACGGUUAUGCAGUUGAUAAGUAAGCUUAAUCGUCAGGCAAAUCAAACGGAUAUGCUUUUCGCCAAGGGAAAAGUCCCCUGGAAGGAAAGUAGCGUGACUAUACACGGAAUGGUGCUUGCAGCAGGGAUCUUUCUAAACUCGAAUGCACACGUGAAUGUAUGCCUUACUUGCUACAGGAUUUUACGUGGUACAUGGUCGACAACAACACAACUACUUGUCCAGUCGGUGGAGCGUUUCUCUCCGGGAGUUGCAUUCGGCUCAGGGGUGGUGUGGAGGACUCUGGGAUUGUGCGGUGGGACUCUUAUGGAGCAAGAUCUGGCAGAUAAGCUUAAUAAGUUCCGUCUUUCGGAGAAGGAAGAAUCGGGGGUGGACCUAGUAGAUGAGGAUGUGGCUCGAGGUCUCUAG